CGUCAGGUACCAGUCUCUUACUAUUUGAGUAUCUAUAACAAUGAAGUCUUUCAUCUUCUCUGCUAUUCUCUGCGUCGUUGUGGCGGACAAUCACAAUGGCUUCGGAGGCAACGGUAACGGCUUCGGAGCGCCUCCUCCCAGUAAUGGUUAUGCGCCCCCAAGUAACACAUAUGGCACGCCCAACGGUGGCUACGGAGUAGACCCUGAGAUUGCCGCUUUGGCUGAGAAUAUUCCCGGGGGCGGUGUCCCCGGCGAGGACUACCCCAUCUUGGCUUCCGUGCCCGACACCGGCUUCUCGUGCGAUGCCCAGGCGGUGCAAGGUUAUUACGCCGACACUGCAGCUGAAGCCGGCUGCCAGGUGUUCCAUAUCUGCCAGGACCGCGCCCUCAGGCGCCAACAGGACUCGUUCCUGUGCCCCAACGGUACCAUCUUCAACCAGCAGUACCUGGUAUGUGACUGGUGGUUCAACGUGGACUGUUCUCAAGCUGAGAGCUUCUACUCCGUCAACGAACUCAUCGGAGUCGUUCCCGACGCCGGAUAUGCGUAUGCUGCCGCCACCAAUGGUCUUACCAUUGGCAAUGGUAACGGAUAUGGAAAUGGAAGGAAAUGAAAUGGAAGUCAGAGUAGCAAAAGACCCUCCAAGCUUUAAAGGAAUCCCUUUCUAGCGGAUCUUACAAUGAUAAUGUAAAUACAAUAAUAAUGUAGA